AUCCUCACAACAACCCUGAGAGGAAGGUGCCAAGGUCACUUGCCUAGUAAACACCAGAGCCAGUAAUCAGACACCAUGCCUUCUAUGGUUGCCUACCAUGGGCCAGCUCCUGCAGGGGAUCUAAAUGGGGUACCGGAAACUUGCUCUUAAGAACCACCCAUUGAAGUCCUCCGAGCCAUCCUCAGCAGAGAUAUUCAAGCAAGUAGCCGAGGCCUAUGACGUUCUCAGCGACCCUGUGAAGAGAGCCAUCUAUGACAAGUUUGGAGAGGAGGGUCUGAAGGGCGGGAUUCCUCUGGAGUUUGGAUCCCAGACCCCGUGGACAACUGGUUAUGUCUUUCACGGCAACCCUGAAAAGGUUUUCCAUGAAUUCUUUGGAGGAGACAACCCCUUUGAAGAGUUUUUUGAUGCAAAAGGAAAUGAGGUGGAUUUGAACUUUGGGGGGCUCCGGGGCCGAGGGGUCAGGAAACAGGACCCCCCAAUUGAACGAGACCUCUACCUGUCCCUGGAGGACUUAUUUUUUGGCUGCACCAAGAAAAUCAAAAUCUCCCGCAGGGUGAUGAACGAGGAUGGUUACUCUUCUACCAUCAAGGACAAGAUCCUCACAAUUGAUGUGAAGCCUGGUUGGAGGAAGGGCACACGGAUCACCUUUGAGAAGGAAGGGGACCAGGGCCCCAACAUCAUCCCAGCUGACAUCAUCUUCAUCGUAAAGGAGAAGCUACACCCUCACUUCCGCAGGGAGAACGACAACCUCUUUUUUGUGAAAUCCAUCCCCUUGGGCAAGGCUCUGACCUGCUGCACCGUGGAGGUGAGGACCCUGGAUGAUCGUCUGCUCAACAUCCCCAUCAAUGACAUCAUCCAUCCCAAGUACUUCAAGAAGGUUCCAAGUGAGGGGAUGCCGUUGCCUGAGGACCCCACCAAGAAGGGGGACCUCUUCAUCUUCUUUGACAUCCAGUUCCCCACCCGCCUCACCCCCCAGAAGAAGCAGCUGCUGCGCCAGGCACUGCUGACUUAACUGGUGGGCCUGGGGCAGGAGCGGGUGGGGAGGCUGGCUGGGCUUCGCCUGUUCCUCCCGCCACAGCCUCAGGGCGUUCAGGGGAGCCAGCUCAUCGCAGACGUGACAGGAGGAUGGGAUGGCCUGGGACUUCUAAACUGACACAAUAAAGAUUUAUUUCCUAUCCUCCAGCUACACCUAGGAGCAUGUGGGAAGGGAGAGGAGCUCCAUAUAGCUCUUGUGGAGCAGGGAAACCAAGGACCUGGGUCCGUCCUGUCCCGACUUUGAGGGCAUGGCCAGGUCCCUGAGGCUUCAGAGCCCGUGUUCCCACCUUAACAGUAUGGGGCGGUGUUGUGUAGCCUGCGGGUCUCCAGCUCUGCCCAUUUCUCAUAACACGUGAUCUUUAGAAGGGGCAGUCUCUACAGUGUGACGGGGCCACAUUAUACUCAGGAAAACCGAAAUACAGAGAACACUUGUCUCAGGACAGACAAGGCUCAGUGGCAAAGCUGUCAUCAGAACCUCGAAGGCCAUUUCCCAGACUCGCCCUGCUGAGAGGUAGCACAAAGGACGUAGUGAUGAGAAUGGCUUUCACCUUGCCAGUCUCAACUCCGUCUGUGUAGAGGGUCCUGUACCACCCCUAGGCAGUGUGGCCUGGGAAGCAGACCGGGUUCUGCUCCCAACCCUGCUGCUGAUCCCUUGGAUGUAGCCAUCUUGUCAGGAAUGCAGUUUAGCCCCUCAGGCUGCGUGUGAGGACUGGGUCAUUGGUGUGCGAGUGCUUGGUGAAUUCACUGAUUUCAGGUUAUAGCAUUGCUGCCCCGGUGGCCUGUGGGAGUCCCAGCCUCCAGGCCCAGUUGGGCCUGUGUGGACCACACCUUCUUCCAUCAGUCAAGCGUGGUGUGCUCUUCUGUGCCAACAGACUCCUCAGAAAGUCUGGCUUUGGGCUAGGAUAGGUCCAAGCUUAGAAUAGGUGGCCACUUUUGUUGACUUCAGAGGUGCCAGAAAAGGCCCGUUAUUAUCCACAUUGCUUGGAUUCCACCAAAGCACCAGAUUAGCGGUUUUUCUUCAGUGGGGACUCACUAGCACGUCAGUCAUUUUUAACCCAUCAGGGAGAAAGCAGCAGCAGCCUGGGAUGUACAACCUGAACCGGGGGUCCAGGAGGCAUCUCUGCAGUCAUUAAAAAGCAUGGCUUUGGAGUCAGAUACCUCAGGUGUGCUACUUAUGAGCUGUGCCCUCAGGCAAAUCCCUUCACCUCUGAACCUGAGUUGUAGAUUACAACCCCUCUUGCAGGCCUGUGCAAACCGGAUGAGGAAGGAAGCUGAUGGGCCCCAAGGCAAGACCUAGGUGGAGACCAAUGGUGGCGGCUGCUGUUCCAAGCAGCAAUUGGAUGGGGGUGUGGGUUCUGCACUGUGAAACUAGCACUCGGUCUCCUAUAGGCAGCAGGAGAACCUGCUCCUAACCUCUUCCUUGUGGUGAGACUCUAAAGACCUUUAUGAAAUCUCUAUUACAGUAGCGAUCUUCAGUGCUACCUUGAGUCCAGGAAAGCCGGGCUUAUCACAUGCACAUUUUAUAGGCAUUAAGGACAAAGGACCAGUCACGAAGGUUUACUGGUAUGGUGUCCAGUGGUUCCUAUCACCUUCCCCAACUCACUGUCCCACGAUAAUGCUCAGAACCACGGAGCCUGGUUAGACCCAUGUCCAUCCCAGUGUCUGGGACACGCCAUGGGUGACAAAUUUCACCCGUUUCCUCUGGUGCAAAAUAGUAAAUAGCCUGCCUCACAGGAUUAAUGUGGAAUUAAGGGGCAUUGACUGGGUCCUCCAGUUACGCUGACCCCCUGCAGCCCAGCAGAGAACAGCCUGGCUGAGCUGCCUGCCACCUUCACCCUGGCUUGACUCAUGGCACCUUGGGGACUGAGACCUCAGCUCAAUUUGGCAGAAGCUGGGCCCUUUCCUUCUCCAGGAACAUGUCUAAUAUCCUGACUCCUUGCCCAACCACCGAGAGGCAUAGCCUCCAGCUCUGACCAGUGAGGAAGCAGUAGCAGUGUCAGCUGCUUUAGGCUGUGGGGAGAGGGAGGUCGUGUUCUCUGGCUCUGGCUCCAUAGCUGCCCAACAGGAUUCCCGCAGGACCCCAGAACUGGUCCCUGGAGGAAGAGUUCGCGUCCCAGAUCAAGUUGCGGACAUCCUGGAUGGCUUAAUUCUAAGGUCCCAGCCCUGAACUGGACACCUCGGGAGUCUGGGACCUCAGAGUUCCUGACCCCUUGAAACAGAAGUAGCCCUGCCCACCUGCUUUCCUGCCUCUGAGGACAGGUGGUAAGAGGGACAGGGAGGCUGACAGCGCUGUGCCGCCUGAGCCUUGGCUGGUUACCACCGUCCGGGGAUCUCUAGCCCUGGGAGAGGGUGCGACUCCAAGUGGAAAGUACCCUCGGGCCAAGGCCGGAUGUCUGCCCUGCCGCCCGCCCUCCAGGCGGCAACACUACCUCCUAAGGGUGGGAGGCAGGCAGACUUGCCCUCACCAGGUCUGGGGCUUUGGGGCGGUAGGUUUCCCAUUUGCAAAAUGGAAUAAAAUAAGCCCAUAGCACCUAAGAUUCCCAAGUUCUUCUAAAUCUUCCAAGCUCAGGAGAUGCAGGGCAGACAGGAACUCAUUCUGCAGAUAAACAGGCCUGGGGGCGGCUGGGAGGUUGGAAAGACAGGUAUUGGAGUACCAGGCCCUGGGCAAGUGAAAGCUCAAGUGGCUCAGCGAGAACAAAGCCAUCACUGUGACUCUGGGCUGCUCCUUCACUUGCCACCUCAGCCCCGGGCCUGGUUUGGAAACAGAAAUGGACUAGAUGAU